GGUCAGGGGGCUGAAACAGCAACUUAAGUUGGUUGUAACAGCCUUUCAUCAUGGUAUUGCUGAAAAAUAAUAGACAGAGUGGACAGAGUCCUGCUGGAUGUCAUAGAAUGCCACCUCUGUGGUCCCUCAGUGUGCUCCUCACAGGAUUCCUACUUCAAACUGAUGGAGUUUGUGCAGGUGGUGACAAAUCCCUGGGCAGUCCUUUUGUACAAACAGCUGUACGUGAAGCCAUUGAACAGGUGAAUAAAGCAUACACGGAGACAAGAAUUAACCAAAAACAGCAGCUAAGCAAAAGAUCCUUGAAGCCUUCUGACCUCCUGCGUUUCUUCAAACACCCAUUGGCAGAAACCAGGGUUGCAGUGCGGUCAGCAGAGUACAUGGAAAACACACUGCGCCUCAUUCAGCAGCAUGUCUAUCGAGUCCACAAACGCUCACUGAAUGUAACAGAUUUGUUAACACCGAAUGACUUAGACACCAUUGCAAGUAUCACAGGCUGUCUAGCCAUACGUCAGCCCCCAAUAUGUAAAUACAACUGUUUCUCAGACCAAUACAGGACCUUCACCUCUGUGUGCAACAACAGAAUGAAGCCUCGCCUGGGAUCAUCCCACACUGCACUCACCCGAUGGCUCCCACCUCUCUAUGAGGAUGGAUUUUCACUUCCACUGGGCUGGACUCCAAACAAGCGAAUAUUAAGAUUCCCUCUGCCACUGGUUCGCAAAGUGUCAAAUACAAUCCUGAGAACACCCAAUGAAGCCGUAGUCAUGGAUACAGAAAUCUCUCACAUGUUAAUGCAGUGGGGUCAAUGGAUUGAUCACGAUAUGAGCUUAAGCCCCCAUUCUGGCAGCAUCCAGACCUUCAAUGAUGGCAUUGACUGUGAAAGAACCUGCUUUCAAAGAAAUCCCUGUUUCCCAAUACAGAUCCCUCGAGGUGACACAAGAAUCAAGAACCAGAGUAUAUGCUUGCCAUUCAUCCGGUCAGCUCCUGCGUGUGGCAGCGGUGAGCUGGGCUCAUUGUUUGGUGAUGUCAACACUCGGCAGCAGAUGAACGUACUUACUGCUUUCAUUGAUGUGAAUGAGGUCUAUGGCAGCACGGACUGUGUGGCCAACAAACUCAGAAACCUCACUAAUGAACUUGGCUUGAUGGCUGUCAACACGGAAUAUUCUGACAAUGGGCGAGAAUAUUUACCAUUUAACACCAUUUCAAGCAACCUUUGUGGAAGUAUGGGGGAAAGUUGUUUCACCAAUGAAAAUUCAACUCCGUGUUUUAUAGCUGGGGAUGUACGUGCCAAUGAACAACUGGCAUUGACAGCUACGCACACCGUAUUUCUCCGGGAGCACAAUCGUUUAGCGAGAGAGUUGAAGAAGCUGAACUCUCACUGGAGCGGAGAAACAACCUAUCAGGAAGCGAGAAAAAUCCUGGGAGCUUUUCAGCAGAUAAUAACCUAUAGAGACUUUGCUCCCCUGGUAAUCGGAGACGAGGCAACAAUGAAAUAUCUCUCAUCUUAUGAAGGCUAUGAUGAAUCUAUCGAUCCUGGUAUUGCCAAUGUUGUCUCCACAGCAGCUUUCCGAUUUGGACAUCUCAUGAUUAACCCAAAGCUAUUCCGUCUUGAUGAAAACUACCAGGAACACCCACAAUUCAAAAGCCUUGACCUGCACCAGGCUUUCUUCACUCCCUGGAGACUGAUCAAGGAAGGUGGAGUCGAUCCCCUCAUGCGAGGGUUGUUGGGCAGACCAGCCAAACUACAGAGACAGGACAAGAUGUUACCAGACGAAUUGCGGGAGAAACUGUUUGAACUGACCACUCAUUUAGGAAUGGACCUGGGUUCCCUGAAUAUGCAGCGUUCCCGGGAUCAUGGACUCCCAGGUUACAAUGCUUGGCGGAGAUUCUGUGGCCUUUCAGCACCCAGAAAUCAGGGUCAGCUCUCUAAGGUCCUCUGCAAUACUGCUUUAGCAAAGAAACUCAUCGACUUGUAUGGAACUCCAGAAAAUAUCGACGUGUGGUUAGGGGCAAUCUCCGAACCCUUCGUAAAAGGUGGCAGAGUAGGCCCUUUGUUGGCUUGUUUAAUAGGACAACAAUUCAAGAAUCUGAGAGAUGGAGACAGAUUCUGGUGGGAAAAUGAUGAAACAUUUCCUGCCCACCAGCGUCAGGCUCUUAAAGACAUCUCCUUGUCCAGGAUAAUCUGUGAUAACACAGGGAUUCAGUUCCUUCCUCAGAAUGCCUUUAAAUUCCGUCCAUUCCCAAUUGGAUAUGUAAACUGCAGUGAGAUCCCACAGGUCGACCUGAGUGCAUGGAAGGAAGAUUUAGAAGUGACUCCUUGUGGCUCAGUUCCUCUUGUUGAUCACGGCCACUUCUCCAUCUGUAAAUCUUCAGUCAGGUAUGGCUGUAAGUCCGGAUAUGAACUGAUGGGGGGAGACACGAUAACCUGUCUGAGUAAUGGACAGUGGAACCGAGAACCACCUGGCUGCAUAAAUGCACACGGAAUCCAGUGCAUCGUGACUGCCAAUGGUUGGCAUUGAGUCCAAAAGAUUAAAAAUAAAAACAAAAAACAGAAAUUGCCACUGCCAUCAUCAGAGUGCUAAUCUGUGAUGAGGUCACCUCUCAAAUCAUCGUCCCCCUUCCUUCACCGACCCCACCAUACACAUUCCAUUGUCUCUUAUUGAUCUUCUCUUUCUGGAAAUGUUAGCACUAGCUUGAAGCUUAGAUGUUACAGUUUAAAAUCAGAACAUGCUGAAAAAAUUCAGCAGGUCUGGCAGCAUCUGUGAAGGCAGAAAUAGGCUUAAAAUUAUGAAUCCAAUAUGACUGUAAUUCAAACAAUCAGUUCUGGAAAAGAGUCAUAUUGCACUCAAAACAUUACAUCUGUUUCUGUCUCCACAAGAUAUUGCCAGACCAACUGACUUCUCCAGUACUUGUUUUUAUUUCUGACCUCUUGUAUCUGCAAUAAUUUGCACUUUUAAGAUAAAAGCGCUGAUCCACCCUCGGAAUUCUUUCAGAACUCAAUCAGUCAAGACCACAUAAAGUUCAAAAUCCCACUGGACCAAUAGCAUUGAAAGGACAUAAAUGUGGCACUGAACCAAAAAUGCCUACCUGGACAUGCUUUAAACCGGUGCUAUAAUUUCAAAAGAACCAGAUAAAAUCAAACUUUAGUUUAACAAACUAAAACAAGGAAAGCCAAUUCAUUGCAGCCAGAGAGAUUAUAAAUAUGGAAAAGGAAUGUUCAGUUGUCAGAUAUCUGGGGUGUAUCAAUUUUUGAAUAAGCAGAAAUGUAAUUGAGUUCUUAAAGACACAAGAUCCA